CAUGAUUUAUGAAGCAUGAUUAAUUACGAGAUUGUUGAACGUCACCAUUCGCUAGGAUUAAAACCGGUUGAUACGAUGGUCGAAGUUGACCCAAAGGGUCCAGUUGCUGUACGUGUUGGGGAAAGCCUCAAAGUUAAAUGUCGAGUUGGAUAUCCCCUACUUUUUUGCCGAGUUGAAAUACCAGGGGAACCAUCUAUGAAUUUACAACCUAAUCAAGCAGUAGAGGAUGGAAUCGCCUAUUAUGGAAAGGGAUUAGAGAAUGGCGAAUGCGGUGUAUCUAUUCAGCGAGUCAAAGAGAUUCACGAUGGUGCAUUUAAAUGUGCACUUACUAUUAAUGGAACUAGGGCAGAGAUCAUGAAUGGUGUCAAAAUCAUCGUAGCCAGAUCACCACAAUUCCCUGUAUUGCGACUGACCACUGGAGCGCAGAAGGAUAGAUUUAAAAAUGGUGAAAAACUCGAUAUCAGUUGCAGUGCCUUAGGUGGUCGUCCUCCUGCUAAUGUAUCACUAUACCUUGAUGAUGAACUCCUCGCAAGUCCCCAUGAUAUGAAUAUUAUCAAUACUAAUGUAAACGACGAGUCACGUGCAGAACAAAACGUUUCGUAUGCCCUCAAAUGGAAUGAUAAUGGUAAAAUGCUUCGAUGUGUAUCUGAACAUAUUGCCAUGUCCCAACCCCAGGAAGCCAAAAAACCGCUUGAAGUGUAUUAUCCACCUCAACCACAACCAACCAUUAACCGAUUUGGUUUUGUAAUCGGUCGUCCUGGAAUAAUCAACGUAACUGUCAACGCAAACCCUCGUCCUGAGCUCCUAUGGAGUGUAAAUGACGAGAAAAUCCUCGAAGGACGUCUUGAUAAAACUGAGCGUUUGCAAUCUUCAUCAGCACGCGAAGUGGGCAAAGGAGAAUGGCUGGCAGAAUUGAGAAUUGAGACUGUUCAGAAAUCAGACACAGAAAAGGAAUAUUAUUUAGAAGCUCGCAAUGAUGAAGGAGCACAAAAAUAUCACAUUCGACUUUCAACAUCACCUGAGCCUGAAGGCGUUGAUCUUGAUGCUGGAUACAUUAUUGGAAUCGUUGUGGGAAUUUUGGUAUUACUGCUUCUCGCAUUCCUCGUUAUUUUUGCCCGAGCGACUGGUCGUUGGUGUUUUGCAGCGAGACGUCGUGGUGAUGAAGAGGCUGCUGGUGGUGCUGGCGCCGGAAGCGAGGCACACAUCACACCUGGUGACGAGGAUGAUGACCAAACGGAUCAGCAUAUAAUUGACGAAAAAAUUCCACAUGGUGGUCAAGAGAAUCCAAUCCAUGCAAGCACCGAAUACAUCAAUGGACGUAAUGACAUCAAGGAUAUCCAGAGGAAGGAUGAAAAAACUGAUACGCCGGUGUAAAACAAUUAUUCAGCCUCGAUUCAUCGCAGUCGUCAUUCAACAUCACGAAUUAAGUGAAUUCUUUCUUUUGUUCAAGUUGGAACAUUCAACUGAAAAGUAGCAAGAUAAGCUUAGGAUUAAAUAUAAGUAAAUAAAUGAAUAAUAAUAAUAAUAAUAGAUAAAAGAAAAAUAUCAUUCUCGAGCAUCAAGAAUUUAGGGAAAUAAAAAAAAUAAAUGUGCACGAGAAUGAUGUUUCAAAACAAAUGUACAUGAUCGCGAUGGUCUCUUUGUGAUUUUCCAUUAUAAGCAAGGCUUGAGGAUAAACAGCCACUAUCUCAUAGAUCAAUACUCCAAUAUGGUCAAGAUAAAUAAAGUUUAAAAAUUUUUUCUAAUUGGAAUUUAAAUAUGAAUCUUUAACUGGUACAAAUCGCGAUGGAUUAAAGUGUAUAUUAAAGCAGUUGAUAUUAUUUAUGAAUGUGUUCUUAGGAGAGAUCUAACUAUCGCGAUGUUGUAAUGAUAAAUAUUAGUAAUUAAUGUAGUUGAAAUAAUCUAGCAUUUCUUUUGAAUCAACUAAGUCCGAGCCUUAUUGACCAUAAUUUAUUAUUUAUCGUUAAAAAAAAUCUUGCUUAAAUGAAACUUUUUUAUAAUUUUUUGUAAUGAUUAGAAUAUUUGAACACACAUUCCUUAGGUUUAUCAUAAUUCAGUGUUAAUUAUUCUUAAUUAAUAUUAUUUAGCACAUUUUUUUUUUAUUAUUAUUAGCACAUUAUUUAGUUCAAAUUGAUAUUAUUAUUACGAUUAUUAUUAUUAUUGUAGAAGAAGUAUG